UUGUACUACGGGUGUGGGUCGUUGGCAGCACGAUACAGUGAAAAAAAAAAAAUAGCAAAAAGUGAAAAAGUAUGAGCACUACAGGUGUCUUGCCGUUCGUGCGUGGAAUAGAUUUCACGAACAAUGACUUCAGCGAUGACAAAUUUCCGAAGAACAUCAAACACAUGUCCGGGGUCCAGUGGCUUAAGCUGGAUCGGACCGGCAUGGACACAAUACCGGACGAGAUGGGCAAGCUGGUAAAGCUGGAGCAUCUGUCGAUGAAGAACAAUCAGUUGGAAAAAUUGUUCGGCCAGCUGAGUGAGCUCGGCUGCUUGCGGUCACUGAACGUGCGGCGGAACAAGCUAAAGAGCCACGCCAUCCCGUCCGAUCUGUUCGAGUUGGAAGAGUUGACCACGCUCGACCUGUCGCACAAUCGUCUCAAGGAGGUGCCGGAAGGCUUGGAGAAAGCGAAAGCACUUCUCGUACUGAACCUUAGCAACAAUCAAAUUGAAUCCAUUCCACCUUCACUGUUCAUCAACCUUACCGAUCUGCUGUUUCUUGAUCUAUCCAACAACAAGCUGGAAACGUUACCACCCCAAACACGACGCCUGUCGAACCUUCAAACCCUCAUCCUGAACGACAAUCCGCUCGAGUUGUUUCAGCUACGCCAAUUGCCAUCCCUGCAAAGCCUCGUAUGUCUACAGAUGCGAAACACGCAACGUACGAUAAACAACUUCCCGGCUUCGCUCGACAGUCUUUCCAACCUGCAGGAACUAGACCUGUCCCAAAACGCGCUGUCCAAAGUCCCGAGUGCCUUGUACAAUCUUGCCAAUCUGAAGCGCCUUAAUCUGAACGAUAACGUGCUGGAAGAACUGUCACCCAUGAUCGAAAAUCUGACCAAGCUGGAAACGUUGAACCUAUCGCGCAACAAGCUAACCGCCCUGCCCGCUACCCUCUGCAAGUUGCAGGAACUUCGUCGUCUGUACGUGAACGAUAAUUUGCUCAACUUCGAAGGAAUUCCCUCGAGCAUUGGCAAACUUAGCGCACUGGAAGUAUUUUCUGCCUCCAACAAUGAGCUAGAAAUGGUCCCGGAAGGUCUUUGCCGUGGGUGUGGUUCGCUGAAAAAGCUUAAUCUUAGCUCCAACAAACUGAUCACCCUACCGGAAGCAAUCCACCUGCUAACCGAUAUGGAGCAGCUAGAUCUACGCAAUAACCCCGAUCUGGUGAUGCCUCCGAAACCGAUCGAAGCACAACGGGGCGAUGGGUUGGCGUACUAUAAUAUAGAUUUUUCGCUACAAACUCAACUCCGUCUGGCCGGUGCAAAUGUCCCUGCUCAGGUGCAAGGAGCGGCGAAUAGUGGGAAGGAUCCAAUCGCGCGCAAACUGCGUCUCCGACGCGGUGCUCGUAACGAUUCUACCGACAACCAAGAUUCGGCUAAAAUUCUUAAAGGCAUGCAGGACAUUGCGAAGGAGAAAAACAACGGGCUUGGAUUUGGGGAGGAAAAGGUGGAAAAUUUAAAACCGAAACGAUGGGAUGAAACGCUCGAAAAGCCGCCGGUUGAUUAUUCGGAAAUUUUCGAAGACGAAGACGGGCAAUAUCCGGGCAUAACGGUGUGGGAGAUUGAGAACUUCCUGCCGAACAAAAUCGAGGAAGCGGCCCACGGCAAGUUUUACGAGGGUGAUUGCUACAUUGUGCUGAAAACUUCGCACGACGACAGUGGACAGCUGUCGUGGGAAAUCUACUUCUGGAUCGGUACGAAAGCGACGCUGGAUAAGCGAGCGUGUUCCGCGAUUCAUGCGGUCAAUUUGCGCAACUAUCUUGGUGCUAGGUGUCGAACGAUUCGGGAAGAGCAGGCGGAUGAGUCGGACGAAUUUUUGGCAUUGUUCGAUACGGACGUUACGUAUAUUGAGGGUGGCCGCACACCGACUGGGUUCUAUACCAUCGAGAAUGCCGUUUAUAUUGUGCGGUUGUAUCGGGUGCAUGAUGCCGGUCCGAACAUUCAUCUGGAACCGGUACCGGUGAGCUAUCAGUCGCUUGAUCCGGGGUACGUGUUUCUGCUCGAUACAGGACUAAACAUUUUCGUAUGGUAUGGGACACGGUCGAAGAAUACUCUCAAGUCGAAGGCACGCUUUACGGCGGAGAAAAUUAACAAGCACGAACGCAAGAAUAAGGCGGAGAUAUAUCAGGAGUACCAGAAGCAGGAAAGUUUAGAUUUUUGGCGUGCGCUUGGAUUUGCGGACGGUCAGGGACCGCAGGAUGAGGAUGCGGAGCAUCUGAACCAAUCGCACGUAGAUCCGGACUUUGUUCCGGUACCUCCGCGCCUAUAUCAGAUUCAGCUUGGUAUGGGCUAUCUAGAGUUGCCGCAGGUUGAACUUCCUGGCGGCGGUAGUAAUAAAACGCUUACGCAUACUAUACUCGCCAGCAAGAACGUGUACAUCCUCGACUGCUAUCUGGAUCUGUUCGUAUGGUUUGGCAAAAAGUCAACCCGCUUGGUACGUGCGGCAGCCAUUAAACUUUCCCAGGAACUGUUCAGUAUGAUCGAUCGGCCGGAAUAUGCGAUGAUUACGCGCGUACAGGAAGGCACCGAAACUCAAGUCUUCAAGUCAAAGUUUACCGGUUGGGAAGAAAUUAUUGCAGUCGAUUUUACCCGCACAGCCCAAUCGGUAGCCCGUACCGGGGCGGAUCUUACGCAGUGGGCCAAGCAGCAGCAAACCAAAGCGGAUCUCGCUGCACUCUUCAUGCCAAGACAACCGGCAAUGACACCGAUCGAAGCUGCCCAGCUCGCAGAAGACUGGAACUACGAUCUGGACGUGAUGGAACCAUUUGUGCUGGAGAACAAAAAGUUUGUCCGCCUACCGGAGGAAGAGCUCGGCGUGUUUUACACUGGCGAAUGUUACGUCUUUCUCUGUCGCUACUGUUUGCCGGUGGAUGAUGACGAUGAUGCGGAUGAGGAUGAAGCUGAUUCGGCGACGGCAGCCGCUGCUACCAACGGGACACACGAGGGUUCUUCGGGCGUCGCUAAUAAGGGCACGAUGAAACAGCUCGAUCCGGUAGCUACGCCGGCAGAAGAAAUACAGUGCGUCGUAUACUUCUGGCAGGGCCGGGAAGCGGGCAACAUGGGCUGGCUUACGUUUACCUUUACGCUACAGAAGAAGUUUAAGUCUAUGUUCGGGGAAGAGUUGGAGGUGGUGCGGAUACAUCAGCAGCAGGAAAAUUUAAAAUUUAUGUCACACUUUAAGGGCAAGUUUGUGAUUAAAAAUGGACGGCGCAAGGAACGGCAGCGCACACCGGAGGGUAAGCUGCCGGUAGAAUUUUACCAUCUACGUUCGAAUGGUAGUGCGCUGUGCACGCGACUGAUACAGAUCAAACCGGAGGCAACGGUGCUGAAUUCGGCCUUCUGCUAUAUUCUCUUCGUUCCAUUCGAAACGGAUGAUGAUUCUGAGUCGGGCAUCGUGUACGUGUGGAUUGGUUCCAAAACAACCGGUGAAGAAUCGAGACUGAUACAGGAAAUUGCGGAGGAUAUGUUUAACAAUCCGUGGGUUAGCUUACAGAUCCUCCACGAAGGUGAAGAGCCGGAAAAUUUCUUCUGGGUUGCACUGGGCGGACGCAAACCGUACGACACGGAUGCCGAGUACAUGAACUUUACACGCCUGUUCCGUUGCUCGAACGAGAAGGGUUACUUUACGGUGGCGGAAAAAUGUUCCGACUUUUGCCAGGACGACCUGGCGGACGAUGAUAUCAUGAUACUGGACAACGGUGAGCAGGUGUUUCUGUGGUUGGGAUCACGCUGCAGCGAGGUGGAAAUUAAGCUGGCAUACAAAUCGGCCCAGGUUUACAUUCAGCAUAUGCGCAUCAAGCAACCGGAACGGCCUCGCAAACUAUUCCUAACGCUGAAAAACAAGGAAUCGAAACGAUUCACCAAAUGCUUCCAUGGCUGGAGCGCACACAAAAAGCCACCGGAGUAA